CAGUGUCUGCGCAGUCAGUCGUCAUGACAGAAGGCCUGCGGUCCGUGCAAGAAGUCCCGGCUCCAUACCGGUGCCUGUUCAGCGCCUACCCCUUCUUCAACAGGAUCCAGUCAAGCGUCAUGGACGAUGUUCUGCACAGCGACACGCCGGUGGUGGUGAGCGCCCCGACGGGAUCGGGCAAGACGGCCGUCCUGGAGCUGGCACUGGUGCGCCUGCUCAACGCGUCCCGGACCGACGGCGACGAGCAGGGUCCGCGAGCAAGGGCGGUGUACGUGUCCCCGCUGAAGGCGCUGUGCCGCGAGCGGCUGUGCGAGUGGCGUGCCAAGCUGUCCAGCGUGGGCGUCCACUGCGCGGAGUACACGGGCGACACGGACGAUGACCACGACCGCGAGGCCCUGCUCGGGGCACAGCUGCUGCUCACCACGCCGGAGAAAUGGGACGGCUGCACCCGGCGCUGGCCCGAAGCCGUCCGCCCGGACCUGGUGCUCGUCGACGAGAUGCAGACUGUGUCGGAGGCCGACCGGGGCGCCGUUUUGGAGGCGGUGCUGACCCGGACCAAGCUGCUGCGCCGACGGGAUCGGCUGCGCAUCGUCGGCGUCUGCGGAUGCGUCGAAAACGCCAGAGACCUGGCCGCCUGGUUGGGACCGGACGCCAAGCACUACUCGUUCCCGGCGAGCGCUCGUCCGGUGCCCCUGCGGCGCGUGGUGCUGGGAUACCCGUGCUCCUCGAACACCAGCGACUUCCGCUUCGACAUGGCGCUCUCCUACAAGCUGGCUGCAGUCAUCAACGCGCACUCGGCCGGCAAGCCAGCGCUCGUGUUCUGCUCCACUCGCAAGGGGGCCGUGCAGGCGGCCACCGUGCUGGCCUCUUCCCUGGGCCCAAUUCGGAGACCGGCCUUCUCGAAGGAGCUGCUCGCCACAGCAGCCGCCAUCAGGGACGCCAAACUGAGGGAGCUGGUUCAGCGUUCGGGCGUGGGCUGGCACCACGCGGGCCUCGAGGCGUCCGACCGAGAUGCGCUCGAGUCGCUGUUCCGCGCCGGCGCUCUGCGCGCCCUGGUCAGCACGAGCACGUUGGCCGUGGGGGUCAACCUGCCCGCGCGGCUGGUCGUGGUGCGAGGGACCACCACGUACGGGGGCCGACCCCAGCCGUACCCGGAACUGGUGCUCGAGCAGAUGGUCGGAAGGGCCGGCAGGCCGCAGUACGACACCUGUGGUACGGCCGUCAUCAUGACCAAGUCGUCGCUCAAGAGCGAAUACGAGGCGCAGUGCCAGGGCCUAAGCGUGCUCGAGAGCAGCCUGCUGCGUGCUGGCCUGGCCGAGCACCUGAACGUCGAGCUGGUGUUGGGCUCGCUGCCUCGCCCGGACCUGAGCGGCUGCCUCGCCUGGGCCAGGGAGACCUUCCUACACGUGCGCCUGCUCAAGAACCCCAAGCACUACGGUUUCCCGCCGGGACUGACAAGAUCCGGCGCUGAGGAGGCGCUGCAAGGGCUGUGCCGGGAAGCUGUCGAGGCGCUCUCCGCAGCAGGCCUGGUCAACGUGGAUCGCGACACCGGCUGCCUGAAACCAAACGGUGCUGGCUGCCUAAUGGCGCGGCAGUGCAUCUCGCUGGACACCAUGCGGCGCUUCUCGGAGCUCGGCGGGAAGCUGUCGCUCGCCGACUUGCUGUGGUCGCUCAGCUGCUGCUCGGAGUUCGCCGACGUCCAGCUGCGCAACAACGAGAAGGCGGCGCUGAACGCACUCAACGGGAGCCGCCGGAAGCCUGGAAUACGGUUCCCCAUGACUGGCAGGAUCAAGACUACCGAGAUGAAGGUCAACUGCCUUCUGCAGGCCAUGCUGGGCUGCAUGACCGUGGCUGACCCGUCGCUGGCUCAGGACAUCCCGCGCAUCGUGGUCGUGGCGCUGAGGCUCGCCAGAGCGCUGGUGUCGCUGCUGGUGCUUCGCAGUCCCGCGUGCGGCUUCUCGGCGCUGCUGCACGCGGUCACCCUGCACAAGUGCCUGCAGGCCCGCCUCUGGGAGGACUCGCUGCACGUGGCACGACAGAUCGAGCACAUCGGUCCGGCACUGUCCAGUAGCCUGGUCCGCUCUGGUCUCACCACCCUGGAGAAGCUGGCCAAUGCGGAUCCCCGAGAACUAGAGCUGAUUGUGAACCGUCGCCCGCCGUUCGGAUCGCGCGUGGUACUUGCAGCCAGGCGCAUACCGAAGUACGAGCUGGACGUUAAGCAGGAAUCGUGCCGAGGGGACCAAGUGACGCUGUCUCUGCUGGUGCAACUGCGCCCUCUCGCGGAAGGCCGCGCAGGCGAGAGCCCUUCGCUGGACCUCGCUGCCGCGCACCUGGUCAUCGGUGACGUGGACGACCGAUUGCUCUUCUACCAGCGGAUACUGCCAUCCCACAUGGCGGCCGGUUGGGCUCGGCGAAUUGCUCUGCGUCGGGCCGGCUCCGGGGACACCCUCACCAUCUGCCUCGUCAGCAGCAAGCACGUGGGCGUGGAUGUGAGACGCAAUUUCAUCCCUCGCUACGCCAGUGACAAGAUCACGCUGCGCUCGCCCUGGAUCGGGAAGGCCGAGGACGCCGCGGCCAGCACGGUCACCACCGUCGCUCCGUCGAAGCCGAAGGCUACCGCCAGCCGUCUGUCUCGCGUGGCCAGCACAGGCAAGGCGAAGAAUGGCAGUGACAUGCUGCCUUGCAGCGACAUCCCCGAGCCACCGACAGUUGGAAACGAGCAGCCCAGCACGAACGACGGCCGUGCGGCGGACGCCUGGGACCUGCAGUACGACGACGCCGAGCUGUGGCACUCGCUGGCUGGCAGCGACGCCUCGGUGGGGAGCAACCUGCCAUCGCCCGGGUGGAACCCAACGGAGCCUGCAGAAACAGAAGAGAGAGCAGACGACCUUUCUCUCGCCGGUGCACGACGUCAUGACAGCGCCACAGACGCCACGUGCCCGGCGCGUGUGGCGGCGCAGCAUGCGGACACUGCUGCCGACCAGUGGAAAAGCGCGGCGGACGAUCUGGAUGCCGUGGUUGCCGAGCUGGCGCGCCGCUACUUCCCUCAUCUGCUACCUUUGUGAGGGAGCUCCCGGUUGCGAGAUGGGCACUGGCUAGCUGGCAUGCAGCUCGCAUUUCAGCGAGCGCAGUUACGUACCACCGGGAUAGGUCUCUUGGCGGUUUCUGGCACUGUGCAUAGACCGCAGGUCGUUAGCUGCUGUUAUUGAUGUUGAUACUCCAAUAAACUGUUUCGGACCUUCAGCUGACGAAUGGCCUCGAGGUAGGUACUUGAAAGAAACCACCUGGCACGAUGCGCUGUGUCAUGAUUAAAUCGAUGCCGAGUUGACAAUGUAAUCUGAAUAGUAUUGUGUGUGUUUUAACACCGUGUUGGUAAGAAAGAGCUCGUUG